UCUUUUAACAUUUUUUAAUUUUUAUUCUUUUAUUUUAUUGCCUUCGAAUGGAUAUUUUUUUAUAUUACAUAUUUGACACCGUCUAAAAAAUCAACGACUAUCUUGGGCCAUGUCUGAAAAUUUAAAUGUCAACAUUGAAGCGACAGUGGAUCCAGAGUUGAUCCCAUGUGUUGAAUCGCUUGAAUCAAGCCACAGCGAUAAAACUGAUCCUGAUCAUGUGGAACAUAUAAUUCCUGAUGUUUGUAUUAAUAACUCUAUGGAUAUUAUUGUACCCAUUGAAAGUUGUGUUAAAUCUAAUUGCUUAAUUUUGACCGAAAACAAUGUUAAAAUUAAUGAAGAGGUAGAAGUUGUGAAUGUUGAAAAUCCAACUGUUGAUAAACUAUUAGAUAUCGUCAUUGAAAAUACUCUAGAUCAAAUGGGUUUAGAUGCAACUGGGACUAUGCAUAGUACGUCUGUUAUGUCUGUUCCUGAUGUUCAAAAUGAAAUCAUGGAAAUCCAUCCUGCUAGUGAUGUUAUUGACCAUGAAGUUACUAAUUUUAUAACCGAAGAAGAUAAUAUGACUGAUUUGUCUUCAAUUGAUAUGUUAAAAUCAAUUGAAAAUAAUGAUUCAAAUGAAUUUAAUAAUGAAGAAAUACCUAAAAAUGAAAUAGUUAUCAAUGAAGAUAAUAACAUUUCAGAAAAUAAUUCUAUAAGCAAAGAACAUAUAGAAAACAGUAAUAUAGAAUUAAGUUCUGAAAUAUUUCAAGAAUCAAAUGUUUCAAGUGACUCAAGUGAAAGACCCCUGAAAAUAAACACUAGACCACAACGUCAAGCUGCUAAAAAAGCUGAAAAUCAAAUCAGAGAAAUAGCUAAAGAAAUCAUCAAGCCUUUAGAUAUUAUUGAUGAAAAGGUUAUUGAUUUAGUUGAAGAAUUAUCUUCUCCGCUAAAAAAAGUUUGCUGUCAAUGUAACAGGUUCCGCUUAUGUAAAUUUAUUGUGAAAAGCCAAAAGUCUAUUUAUUUAUGUCAAGAAGAUUGUGUGGAGAAUUAUCGUAGACAAUUUAAUCAAUGCAUUCUUGAAAAGAAAUGCCAGCAAUGUCUAUUAGUAAUUUCAGAAAUUGAAGAUAAGAGUUAUUCUUGGCAAACAAAAUAUUUUUGUUCAGUCGACUGUCUUGCUCAUUAUCAAAAUACAAUUUUGAAUUCACAUUGUGUUCACUGCCAGAAAAUUAUUAAAUCAGAAAUUGAUUUUGGAAAAUAUUCUCGAUUUAUUUCUGGGAAAAUAUUACUAUUUUGUGGGACUGCUUGUUCAGAAAAUUAUGAAAAUAAGUUAAGUUUAUGCCAGUUUUGUCAAAAAGAAUUACUCAAUAGUAAUUUUGAGGAGUUCUGUUCAUCAUUUUGUAAAACUAAAGAUUAUGAAUCAAGGAAAAAGCAUGCUGAACCAGAUAGUUCUGUUGUUGAUUAUGAGACAAAUGAUGUUACUCAAGUCAUUGAUAAGUGUAAUGUUUGCUUUUAUAAAAUUAAUUCAUCAACAAAUGAAAUUCAAAUAAUUAGUAAUACAAACACUAAAUUCAAAUUUUGUUCAAAUGAAUGUUUAAACAAAUUCAUUAUCACAAAAAAGAGAACCGUUUCUUGUUCUAUAUGUAAAAUAAAAAAGUUCAGUUUUGACAUGAUUUCUUCCAAAAAUAUUUUUUCUAACAAUACAGUGUUUACAUGUUCUUUAAACUGUAUAUAUCGGCAACAAGAAUUACCACAAUCAAAGUCAAAAAAAGUUACUUGUGAUAAGUGUGGUUUAUUAACUCAAGCACGCUAUAAAAAUGUUCAUAACGGAAUUACCUACAGGUUUUGUUCUCAAAAUUGUUUUAAUUUGUUUCAAUCCAACAAAAAGAAAAAAUCUAAAUCAAAAAAUAGAAAUGAAAAACAAUCAUCAAUUUUACGAGUAUCCACUAGGCAGUCAGCUCGUAAAGAAGAAGAUAACUUAUCUGAUAGUGAUGGAGUACACAAUUCUUUGCUAAAAACUUCUAAAGCAAAAAAUAAAGUUUGUAGAAAAAUAAGUUACAUAGAUAAAAAUGUACCAUGUAAAGUUGAUAAAGAAGUACAAACAGAUCAGACCGGUAGUAAAGGAGUGAUAAUACCAGUUCCAGUACCAGUUUACAUUCCAAUGCCUGUGCAUAUGUAUGUUAUGCCUUAUCCAGUACCGGUGCCAUUCCCUAUACCUUUGCCAAUUCCAAUUUUUAUUCCUACCACUAAAAAUACUACUAAAGGAAUCAUGAAGGAUAUUAAAAAAAUAAGAGAAGAAACACCAGAUGAUCCAUUUGAAGCAGAACUCUUGUUGAUGGCAGGAAUGGUAGCUGAUGUUGAAAAAAAUGCCAACAGUUCAUCAUCUGAUAGUGAAAAUGAUAUAUCAAACAAUAAUUACAAUGAUGAUACAAAAGUUGUUUCAUCAAGUGCUCGAAAUCAUAAUUCUUUUGGAGAUGAUGUUCUUGCAAUGGCUUUAAAUAUGGCAGGAGCAGAUACAGAAAGUCUUGAAGGGCCAGAUGAGAUAUCUACCAUUACAUCUAAUAAUCAAAUGAUUGAUGACGUUGAAGCAAAUUUGGUGUCUUCUACUAUUAUGCCUCAAACACCUGAUCCAAUAGAAAAUAUAACUCAAGAAAACAUGAUAUCUUCACCUCAAGAUAUUCUUUGUCGUCCUCCAAGGAAACGAGGACCUCGCUCACAAUCUCAGCGUAGCUCAAAUUCAAAACGUUCUCGUAAAACUGAAUAUCCACAAACUUCAUGUUUCCAAUCAUCUGAAGGGUUAUUACAACAAGGAAUGCAAAAUCCUCUUUAUUCCAUGCCUAUAUCUAUAAAUCAAGCUGAUAUAAUCAAGCCAGAUGCAAACAUGUGCCUUAAGUACACAUUAGGAGUUAAUGCCUGGCGGCAGUGGGCUUGUAUGAAAAGUAUAGAAUUUGAAAAGACAUUAUCUAGUAAUGUUUGUACUGUAAAAAAAACAAACAUAUUUAAGUUAGAUCUUCUACAGUUAACUGCUAGUGAACUGAAUUAUUGUUUAUGUUUGUUUGUGAAAGAAGUACGCAAACCAAAUGGAAAUGAAUAUGCACCAGACACGAUUUACUAUCUUUGUUUAGGCGUUCAACAAUAUUUAUUUGAAAAUGGACGUAUUGACAAUAUAUUUACUGAUAUUUCAUAUGAACAAUUUACUAACACUUUAAAUGAAACAGCUAAAAAAUUCCCUGAGAUCUAUAACGAUACAAAAUUUAUUGUUACACGUGUUGAAGAAGAGUAUCUUUGGGAAAGUAAACAACUAGGAGCACAUUCUCCUUAUGUAUUAUUGUGUACAUUAAUAUUUUUCAAUACCAAACAUUUUAAUUUAACUAGUGUUGAAGAGCAUAUGCAAUUGUCAUUUUCACAUAUUAUGAAACAUUGGAAAAGAAAUCCUAACCAGCCAUCAACAUCUGGAGUUAAAGCACCAGGAACUUAUAGAAAUGUAUUGUUGCGCUUUUACCCUCCACAAGCUUCUAUUGACUCUCCCAAUUCUCGUAAGAAAAAAGUAUAUGAGCAGCACGAAAAUGAAGAAAAUCCAUUGAGAUGCCCUGUAAAACUGUAUGAAUUCUACUUAUCUAAAUGCCCAGAAAGUGUUAAAACAAGAAAUGAUUUGUUUUACUUAACACCUGAAAGAUCUUGUGUACCUGAUAGUCCUGUGUGGUAUUCAACAUGUGCAUUGAAUAAAGAAUCACUUGAAAAAAUGCUCAAUCGAGUUAAAAUGGUAAAAGAAAUUAAUGUAGCUUUGUUAUCAUCGUAGAUGAAUUUGAUUUAUAAAUUGUUAUUUGUAAAAGGUUUGAUCGUUAAGACUUUUCUUCAUGUCAUAUUAAACUUUUAUAGUAAAUCUGUACAGAUUUAUAAAUGUUA